AUGAUGACUGUUACCGUGAAAUCGACCUCGAAUGGGCAUCGCUCGGCGGAAGCCCCUCUAGAUCACGAUUUCCACAACGCUUGGGGCACUAUAUAUUCAAACAGCGGAUUCAUAAACGACGAUCGUGCUCGCCAAGUAUGGGAAGAUUACACCGUGAACCCUGCCAGAGUUGAACAACAGUACCACGUUCUUCUGAACGAGUAUACCGACCGUUUUCAGUCCUUUUUCAAGGGAUACUGGCCCAUUACAUUCCAUGCGCAUGUCAGUGAUGUGCUCAUACCAACGACUAUAGCCAGUCUCAUUCUCAAUACCGCGUCGACCUGUCCAUUAGUGGUGGAGGAUCCAGCACUGUCGCCCUUGCUUAAGGAUGACCCUGAGCCCGAAAAGGUUCAUCGAUUUGUUCGGGGCCUUCUAGGCUGGACCGAUAUCCAUAUCAAGUCGCCGAAAUUAGCCAUUGUCGAUGGAAUUUAUGGCUGCGCCUAUGGGCCAUUGGUAAGUCUUUUCAAUGUCCCCCAAUAA